AUGGCAGGUCUCCCUCCAGGUGUCAUGUCAGGCACCUCCUCACACACAGCCUCGCCCUCACGGCAUCUCUCACAAUACUCCGUGGGCGGCAGCGGAACACCUACUUCCACCGUCUCAACCUCCACCCUCCGCUACCCAUCAAGUCGCAAGACCAUCUACGAUCGAAACCUGAACCGCUCACGAAACGCCGAACUCUCCCGCUCUAGCUUUGCGUAUCUCUUCAUGGAAAUGGUCUCAUACGCCCAUCGACGUGUCAAGGGAAUCCAAGACUUUGAAAAGCGGCUGAACGAGCAAGGAUACCCACUGGGCCUGAAGUUGCUAGAUCUACUGCUCUACCGUGCCAGUCCUGCCGGGAGCUCCAGUUCGUCGUCCUCGACCAGUAGUUCGUCCGCGGGCGCAACCGGAGCGAACAGGCCGUUGAGACUGUUGCCGUUGCUGAACCUGCUGACGACAAAGUUAUAUCCGUUGCUGUUUUCUCGUCCUGCCGACUCGUUGGAGCAGUCGACUACGAACCCCGGCGAAUACAUGAUCAUUGAUAACACACCUCUUACCAAUCACUACAUCUCUGUGCCCAAGGAGAUGAAUCAAUUGAGUGUGGCUGCCUACAUCGCAGGGAUCAUCGAAGGUGUCUGUGAUGGGGCCGGCUUCCAGUGUAAAGCCUCGGCACAUAAUACGAGCACUGAUGUCUGGCCAAAUCGGACCGUCUUUCUGAUCAAAUUCGAAGAUCAUGUAUUGGAGCGCGAGAAGGAACUCGAAAGACAGGGAAUCAAGUGA